CACUGAAGUCACAAUUGCGCGCACGAUGAGGUGUCUUGUUGUGAUACUAGUUAUUUUUCCACUACAAAUCUUAGCUUACAAUUUUUCGCAUUGGUCACCAUCCAAUAAAAAUGAAUCCAAAAUCCAAGUUGUGACGGUUGAAGUGUGGCCUGCAAUGCAAUAUAAGGAGCCCAUUCUCAAGAACAAGACCUCGGUUGCCAAGAGAAGAAGCCAACGAUCUGACAUUUCUGCUCGCAUCGCAGGCGGAUCGGAUGCCACGUUGACCCAGUUUCCUUUCUUUGCAUUCAUAAUAAAUGACGGAGUUACAACUUGUGGUGGAUCCUUGAUCGACGUCCAGUGGGUUUUAACCGCGGCCAGCUGCAUACAGCCAGGCACCUCGGCUGAGAAUUACGACGUCUUAUUGGGCAACAUAGCAGGAACAGUACCUUUCUCUUCAAACAGCAUAAUUAAAGCUGCCGUUUCUUUAUUUCAACACGAACAAUUUGACCCCAACUUUCUCCAAAAUGAUAUUGCCCUGCUGCAAAUUGAGGAAGUCACCCCGUCUGCCACAAUUGCGGUAGUGCCGCUCGUACUUCCCACAGAUGCCACUGAUAAUUAUGCAAACGUUCUCGUGACAACAAUGGGAUUUGGAUCUUCGUCUGCUUCUACUGAAUUUAUAACGCAAAGUCCUUCCACUGCAUUAUCAACAUCAUCUGAAACUACAGCAGCAUCAUCAUCAAUUACAACUGGAACUUCUACUGCGCAGUCAACAACUACUGGGUCGACGAAUGCUGCUACUCCAACUACAAAAAUAGAAACUAUUUCCACUGCAACAUCAACAACAACCGGAACUUCUACUGUGGCAUCAACAUCUACUGAAACCACAAAUGCAGCGUCUGGAACCACAAAUGCAGCUUCAACAACAACCAGCACUUCCGCGGUGUCAACAACACCCGUAACUUUUUCAACUCUGGCUUCAACAACAUUAGCAGCAUCAACAACUGGAACUCCUACUACGGCGUCAUCAACUACUGGAACCACAAAUGCUGCUACUUCAUCUGUGACAACUACUGGAACCACAAAUGCAGCUUCAACAACAACCGGCACUUCUGCGGUGUCAACAACACCCGUAACUUUUUCAACUCUGGCUUCAACAACAUUAGCAGCAUCAACAACUGGAACUCCUACUACGGCGUCAUCAACAACUGGAGCCACAAAUGCUGCUAGUUCAUCUGUGACAACUACUGGAACCACAAAUGCAGCUUCAACAACAACCGGCACUUCUGCGGUGUCAACAACACCGGUAACUUUUUCAACUCUGGCUUCAACAACAUUAGCAGCAUCAACAACUGGAACUCAUACUACGGCGUCAUCAACUACUGGAGCCACAAAUGCUGCUAGUUCAUUUGUGACAACUACUGGAACCACAAAUGCAGCUUCAACAACAACCGGCACUUCAGCAGUGUCAACAAACACUGGAAGUACUUCAACUGUGGCGGCAACAGCGUCUGAAACUACUGCAAUUACAACAGGAACUACCACCACUGCAGAGUCAAAAUCUACUGGAACCGCUGCUGCUGUUUCGACCACAACGACUGGAUCUACCACUAUAGCCGAUGCAACAACAGCCGGUUCCACCAAUAUUGUAGGUUCAACAACGACGGGACUCAGUUCUACUACUCAAUUAACAACUUCGACUCUGAUUACGGUGUCUCCGGUCCAACCAAAAAACUGCCCGUCCAAGAGUUAUGCGGUAAUAAGUUAUUUUUUAGCCUUAAUAGAUAUCCGUUGCCUUCAGAACGUGGCCAAGUGCUGUGCUAGUCCACCUAGGUUUCUGGUCCCUUUCAACAGGCUUGAGAAAACGUGCCAGGUGACCAGAGUUGCCCUUAACGCGUUCAACGUUUUCACGCUGAACAAGCAGCAGCGCUUCACUAAUUCGCCUCCCAACUCUAUUAAUUUCCGAAGUAAAAGGGUUCAACGGGCAUUGGCUCCGAAAGCUUGUUUCGUUAACUGCUAUCUGAUUGCAAAGGGAGCCAUGUCCUCAAACAACGUUAUUGAUGAGGCAAAACUUAUCGAUUUGCUCACCCUGGCGCAAACUGACAAUGCGUGGAAAUCAAUAAUUUCAGCAGCAGUAACCGAAUGUAUUUCUACAACUCAGGGUCUGGCAAUUCCUAGCUUUGCGACGGUUCGGGCCUCGUGCCCUGGAAAACCUUUUGUCGUGUUGCAGUGUGUUCUUCUCAAAACGUUCAGCAGCUGUCCAGCAGUUGUUGCAUCGAAACGGUGUACAAAACAGUACAACAAUUUAAAUCAGUGCAACGGAAACAUUUUAAGGCCAAACGCAAAGAAAAGGCAAGCAGGAGGCGAUGAACUGAAAAAAAUGAAGAAAGUUGUUGAAGUUAACAAGCACAAAGAUGUCAAUAAAGACAAGAAAAAAGAAAAAGCCAAGAAAUUUAAAUCAGAAAUGAAAGAAAAGGAGCAGAGCGGAUAUAAAAAGGAUAAAAAUGGAAAUAAGGAGAAAAAAGUAAAAAAGGUCAUGAAAGGAGAGAAAAAGAUAAAUCUAGAGAAAAUAAAAAUUGACAAAAAAAUGAGCAAGAAGAAUCCAAAGAGAAAAACGGGAAAGAAUAAGAAAGAGAAGAAAGUCAAAAAGGUUAACAAGGCAAAAGAGAAUGCAGAGGCCAAGGAAGACAAGAAAAAUGGAAAAGUGAAAAAAGUAAAGAAAUCUAAAAAGGAGAAUGAGGAGCAAAAGAAGGUAAAGCAGAGUGGAUCUAAAAGCGGGAAAAAAGAAAAGAGUGAGAAGAAGGAGAAAAUUUUUGAUAAAGGAGAGAAAAAGGUAAAGGUGAAGAACGAAAAGAAAAUAAACACGGAGAAAAAUGCAAUCAAGGGAAGUGUAAAGAAUAAGAAUAAAGUUGGAAUAAAUAUUUUAAAAGGCAAGAAAAAAUCAAACGACAACGAUGAAAAGAAGAAACAAAAGCUAGGAAAUAAGUUUGACCUUGCGUGAUCACAUACUUAGUAUUCAUGAUUUAAAUCUAGAUUUUUUGCACUUUUGAGCAUGCAA